AAAAAAAGAAGAAAAUUGACAUUAUUAAAUAUUUUGAUUGACGUUUGACAUUAAUAAAUAUUUUGGUUUUUUGUUUUGGCAGUUUUUGCUUUUUGCAUAAUUCAUGAUAGUAAAUUUAUGUAGGUACUAGAUAUUUUAGCAAUAAUGAAUCAAGAGGAGAAAAUGAUUGAAGAUAAUAAUAUGACCCUCGGUCAACCAUUAAGCGAUUUUCUUUUACAGUUGGAAGAUUACACACCUACAAUUCCAGAUGCUGUAACUAGUUACUACCUGAGAAGUUCAGGCUUAGAACCGAAAGAUCCUAGGCUUGUUCGGCUAAUAUCAAUUGCAGCUCAAAAAUUCAUAUCGGAUAUUGCUAAUGAUGCACUGCAGCAUUGUAAAAUGAGGUCUACAAACUCCUCGAGCCACAGCGGUUCUAAGGUAAAAGUAAAAAAGGAGUCAUUGUCCAGUCAAAUUAGUCUUUUUGCUCUUUUCGCUUAUGAAGAAACUAAGCAUAAUAUGUUUUUUAAUUUUUUUACACACUUUUGUACCAUUUAUAUUUCACUAGUAGUGUGUACACCAUUCUGUCUACUUAUUUCUUAAAAAUAUUAGUAUCAUCAUUUAAUUAAUAAUAAUAAUAACACAAUUAUUUUUUUUAAAUGAAAAUAUUUCACAAAUUAUCUCAAACCGAAGCUCAUAAAUGCUGCUACUUACACUGUUGCCAAGUCACACAAUUAAUUUAUUUAGAAUCAAAAGUAUAGCAAUUCAUUUCUAAUAAUUUUUCUUGCCCUAAAAAUAAACUAUUGACAUUGUUUUAAUGUUUUACCCACCCAUCACUCCUAUCCACUCCCUUUCCCAUAAAAUUAAUGGAAAUAAUGGCAUAUUUUUAUUAAAAAAUAUAUAUUUGUGUCAUUAUUCAUUUGCACAAGAUAUGGAACAUAGUUUUUUGUUCACAAUAGCAAUAUUGACAAGUAUCAAGUAUCUAUGCUUAGGUUUUGCAUAAUCGAAAAGAGCUGAAACUAGACGUCUAUGAAAACAUUCUAUUGACAUAAUUGAAUAAGAGAAAACUAAAUAAAUUAUAAUUACUUCAAUUUGACACAUAAGCACACCCUUAAAUGGCAGUAAUUAUUCAAUUAUUAUCUAUAUAGACUAUACCAUAAUACCUAGCUAUUCUUAUAUCACAGCCAUCUAUAUCAUUUAUAAGAAAAAUUGGAAAUUCAGUAGAACCUUGAUUAUACAGCCCAGCCGGGCCCCAGCUUUUGCCAAAUAAUCCAAAAACCUCAUUUUAAAUUUUUUAAUAAUUUAUUUAGACAAAGGA